CUGACCCCUGUUGUGUCGGUCUCUCCUCCUUCCUCAGUGGUGGUCCAUCCUGGAGAUAAUGUCACUUUGCAGUGCACCAAUGUCACUGGAGCUCCAGGACACAUUGGCUGGUUCAAGCAAGUCAACUACUCAGAGCCCCUAGGCAUCGCGUCUAUGUACAGCUCUGAGUCAACUGUCCGGCAUCACAAUGGUUUUCAGCCCAGCCAUAUGGAAAUGUUUGUCAGCCAUAGAAUAAUCUUCCUCAAAAUCACAGAGUUGGAUGUAGCUGAUUCUGGUCUUUACUUCUGUGGAAUGUUCGAUAAAUACAUCAUCUUCACCAAUGCAACUGUCCUGAAGGUCCAUGGUAAUCUUUUCAACAACUUGUCUGCUAUGACUCCAAAUGCACUAACAUGUAUCUGAGGUAUCAGAGAUAUUAUUGAGAAAAUGUUGGAGAUAUAAUACUAUCGUACUACAGUGGGAAUAACAGUGGGAAUAUUUAUCUCUCCUAAUCUUCCAAAAGGUCACAAAGAUUCUGAAAAGGACCUUACAGAGCAUUGUGAAGAAGGUAUGUUUAUUCUGUUAUUUUAAGUGAGAAUCUUUCGUAAAUGAAUUUAUAUGAUGUACCAUGAAAGUACCACAGAAUAUAAAUAAAGUACAACAGCGUCUUAUAGCAACCUAGACUGAGAAUUCUUGUUAUUUCAGUUGCUGAUCAACAAAUGAGAAUCCUGGUCCUUCUCUCCAUCAUAAGAACUGGAGUUCUCCUCUGCUGUCUGACCUGCUUCAUCAUCAUCUACACCACCAGGAAA